CCCGGAAGUAGUUUGUCUGGGCGGGUUGACUGGAACAACAAGAUGGCGGGGAAAGAGGAGUUUCUGGAGUUAGUCCUGUAACUCACACGGCAUCCUGUUGACUGGUGAAACAACUGUGAUACACCGCACUCAACAUGAACCUCCAGCAGCCCACCCCCCUCCCACCCGUCCACCCUGACGUGCAGAUGAAGCCUCUCCCCUUCUACGACGUGCUGGACGUCCUCAUCAAGCCUUCAAGUCUAGGAGCGAGUGCUGCACAGAGAUACCAUCAAGAAAAAUAUUUUAUCUUUGCCCUGACGCCACAGCAAGUUCGAGAAGUCUGCAUAUCGAGGGACUUUUUACCAGGAGGCAGGAGAGACUACAUGGUUCAGAUUCAGCUAAGAUUUUGUUUGUCAGAAACGAGCUGCCCUCAGGACGAUAACUACCCCAACAGUCUCUGCAUAAAGGUCAAUGGGAAACUGUUUCCUUUGCCGGGUUACGCACCUCCCCCAAAAAACGGCGUGGAGCAGAAGAGACCAGGUCGACCUCUGAACAUCACCUCGCUGGUCAGACUUUCCUCCGCCGUGCCCAAUCAGAUCUCAGUCACGUGGGCUCCUGAGAUCGGAAAGACGUACUCCAUGUCGGUAUACCUUGUGAGGCAGCUCACGUCUCCUCUGCUCCUGCAGAGACUGAGGAUGAAGGGCAUCAGGAACCCCGACCACUCCAGAGCACUGAUUAAAGAGAAGCUGACAGCAGAUCCCGACAGUGAGAUCGCUACGACCAGCCUCAGAGUCUCACUCAUGUGUCCGCUGGGUAAAAUGAGGCUGACGGUGCCGUGCCGAGCGGUCACCUGCUCUCACCUGCAGUGUUUCGACGCUGCUCUCUACCUGCAGAUGAACGAGAAGAAACCCACAUGGAUCUGUCCUGUGUGUGACAAGAAGGCAGCGUACGAGAGUCUCAUCAUUGACGGUUUGUUCCUGGAGAUCCUGAACGACUGUUCAGACGUGGAUGAAAUCAAGUUCCAGGAGGACGGGACCUGGUGUCCCAUGAGACCAAAGAAAGAGGCUGUCAAGGUCUCCUCUCAGUCAGUCCCAAAAAUAGAGGCGUCGCCUCCUGUGCGUCAGUCCUCUGUUGUCCCUCCUGCUGCUGAGCCCGGCUUCACAAAGAAGGCUGACGUGAUCGACCUGACUCUGGAGAGCUCCUCCUCCUCCUCCUCUGACGAUGAAGAGGAAGCAGACCCCCCGCUGAAGAAACGCUGUGUUUAUAUCUCCAAGAAUGAGGAAAUGCACACAAAGGGAGUGUUGACCUAUCAGCCCACUGUACGCGUCCCAAACGUCCAGGCUCUGGACCCGUCAUUUCUGACGUCCACGCUCGCGGACUAUACAGUCCCCUUCCACCCGUCGACGCUGGCCAACAUCCCCGCAGACAUGCAGAGUCUGGAUUUGUUCUCCUUAAUUCAACCAGAUCCUCAGCACUACCGUCCUCAGAUGUUUCUGGAAAACCUGACGAGCAGCAUGCAGAGUGCAGCCAGCACCAGCUCCGCCCUUGUCUCCUCCUCUAGCGGACACUACGACUCCGGCUCCCACGCUGCCUCCUCCCUGCAAGAGUCCCGGGUCAUCACCGGGGGAGGGGGGUCCACAGGGGGAGGGCCUGACAGCAGCCUAUCAGACAUUAUUUCAUUAGACUGAUCACAGCUCAGUGGACGUUCAGGACAGACUCCUGUGGACUCUUUACUCUGGACUGAAUGUGCACCACAGAUUGGUUGACAUCAGCACUCCGAGGGUUAAAGUUGCUUUAUUUUACCCUCUGUGCUGUGACACGAGGAACAGACUGUUGUAUGAGUUCUACAAGUUUCAGUGUCAGUUCAGUCCCAGACUCCAGCUCAGAGUCAGACAGGAGUUAAGCUGUCAGUUUGAUGAAAUACAGACAGACAUUCAUUAGUUACACAAUCAUGGAGCCCUGAGCAGACAGAUGUUUAAAAGACGUCUCGCGCUCGGCUCUGCAGUGUUUUCCUGUCGGGGAGGAUAAACAUCUGGAAUCUUUGUCCUCCUGUGUUUGAAAUAUUUGAAACAUUGAACUAUAAACUGGUUUGUGUGCUCACACCAACAUGUCUGCCUUCACCCCUCGAGCUUAUGAUCAGCUUCACAGACUCACUGCCCUCACACCCUUCAGACACCUGUGUUUCUGUCUGUUUGAGGGUUGCCAUGUUACCAGAAUUCUAAACUUACAUAUGAAUCAAGUACAGAUUUUAUGAUAUUGAUGCCCGUUUUGAUACUACCGCCACAAAAAGAGAAGUCCUUGACACCCUAUAUUGAGUAAUGUAUUGUCAAUAGUUACUAAUUAUUGUACUGGGGAGGAGCCAAACCUUGCCUCUGUCAAAACGUUGCCAAUGUGUUUGAGCAAUUUAGACAGUGCUCUCUGUCUCUCUUGGUUAAAAAUAUGGCUUAAGCUCAAUUUUUUUUAAGCUUUGAUACUAUCAAUCAUUCAAAUAUUAGAGAUUGUUUUUUUUCUGAAAACACAUGGUAUCAAAAAGUAUCAAAGUUUUAACAACCAUUUGGUUUCUCUGUGUCGCUCUCUGAGAGAACACACAAAGGCGGGUCAUAGGUCAUUCAGAACUUCUCAUUGGCUCUUACAGCUGUCAGUCAGUCCCUUUUGUUACUGGGCAGGUUUCAGUCCACACCAGUGUAAACUGUUCCUUUGUUAUGUAGUCAGAGCAAUAAUAUUUGAGCUAGCGUUAGUUUAAAGAAAGUUGUAAAUGUAGUUCAGAUUCUCAAUAAUGAUCCAAGAAUCCUCUAUCUGUUUGUCAAAUCUGCUGACAGGAUCUAUUUUGUUGGUCCUUAUAAUGUGCUGUCUCUCGGAGGAGUUCAGUCAGACGUGUCUGUGUGUGGUUACACCCGCUGACCUGUAGAGGGCCCUCUGACACAGUUAGCACAGUUCUGGCCUUCAUGCUAACUAAGUCGUGACUCCCGCUCUGUAACAUCUUAUGAUGUCACUCUAAGAGAACCAGCAGGAGGUGCUGCCCUAGAUUCUAGGGUUGUCAUGAUACCAGAUUUUUAAACUUGUUGGUUUGCAACAAAAAAAGAAGUCCAAGGCACUAUUUUUGUAUUUUUUAUUUCUUGUUUUUAAUUAUCAAAAAAUGCAGGUAAACUCCUGAACAGUCUACAAUGUACAAAAACAUCAUCUACGCUCCUGUAUGGAAGUGUUGCCAUUGUUUUUGUGUAAUUUAGACCGUGUGCACGAGUUUUGUUUUGUGUUUUUUGUGCAAUAUUUGAUGGAUUUAUUCUUCCCCUUCACACUGAUGAAACAUUUUUUUUUAGUUUUUUUCUAGUUUUUUUAUUUUUUUUAGCUUUGGUACUUAUUGAUACUAAUGAUCAUAGAAAUAACUGAUUGUAACAUUUUGAAACACGUGGUGUCAAGAAGUAUCAAACGUUUCGACAACCUUAGAGGAUUCUGAGAUCAUUUGACCGAUUAAUGUAAAGUUUAGUUCAAGCUUCAGACAUGUUCAAACUGCCAAAAACCUGAUCUGCAGAUUACUGUCCUCUUCAGUGAUGAUGACGACGAUGAAGAUGAUGAAGAUAAACACACCUGCAGGUGGCAAACAGGGCAGCUACCUUCACACCUGUGAUCUGAUCAUUACCUGUGUGACUCAUCCAUCAGAGCUCCAUCUCAGGGACACACACACCGCUGAGCCUGAUGGACCCGUUCACACACACACACACACACACACACACACACACACACACACACACACACACACACACACAGUGUCAGUGUGUGCGUGUGUUUUAUUCAGAUAUGACUCUUUCAGAUGUUGGCAGUUAGAUGUUUUCAUGUGGAGGCAGAGAUCCUCUGGAUUUGUUCUGCAGAUGUUUUAGUUGCUGUGAACAGGUUUUUAAAUUUCGUUCACCUCUGAAAUACAGUUUAAAAACUCUUUAAAAAACAUGUUUAACCCUCUCUGCUUUAUUUAGACCGAGGAGAUUAAGUAUUACUGUCAAUAUCACUUUAUCUGACGAUUUAUUUUUAGUCCAAUGUCAUAAAAUUGUGAAAAAUG